UCAACGAUAGUUGCAGAAAAAUUAAACUAUCGAGACAAUUGUGCCACAAAUGAUGUGACAUCUAUUUUUACCGCUAAAUCGUAAACUUCAUUGCAUUGAUUAUCAAAUUAUGGACAACGAAUUAAAAAGCAAAGUAGAGGCUUGUAGCCGGACUGCAGAAGAUUUCACCAGAAUUUAUUAUGCGUCUUUUGAUAACCGACGUCAACAUAUGGGUCGUCUUUAUAUUGACAAUGCAAUUUUCAGUUGGAACGGCAAUGGCGCCAAUGGUAGGGAUAUGAUUGAACGUUACUUCUCGGAGCUCCCAUCAUCAUCGCACCAAUUGUCUACCUUGGAUGCCCAGCCAAUUCUUGAUGCGGCUGUUUCUAAUCAGUUAACCUAUUUAAUACUUGCGAGCGGUACAGUCAAAUAUGCCGAACAACCUAUGCGCUGGUUCCAACAAUCUUUUAUCAUAACAGCUGAAAACGAGAAAUGGAAAAUCGCCUCCGAUUGCUACCGCUUACAGGAAUGCAUGCUGUAAAAGUUUUCGCUUUGUUACAUAUAAUAAAUAGAAUUGGGAAAUAAAAUUUUUGGUUUGUGCGCAGUGUAAGGGGAUAUAAUGGAAUCGUCGUUUUUACAAGUAGGAGCCGUUGUUGGUCCUACAAAGUUAAUAAAUGUAUGUUUUUUUGUGACCACGA